AUGGGGAGUGAUGAUAGAGUGAGGUGGGUGGUGGUGUGGUGGGUGGGUGGGUGGUGGUGGGUGUGGUGUGGGUGUGGUGUGAGUGGUGGGUGGUGGGGUGUGGAGGGUGGGGUGAGUGGUGUGGUGGGUGUGGGUGUGGUGUGGGGGUGUGGGUGGUGGUGGGUGGGAGGUGGGUGGGUGGGUGUGGGGUGGUGUGUGGGUGGUGGGUGGAGGUGUGGUGGGUGGGUGGGUGGGUGGUGUGGAGUGGGUGGUGUGUGGUGGUGGGUGGUGGGUGUGGUGGGUGGGUGGUGGGUGGUGUGGGUGGAACCUGAUCCAGCACAAGGACCAGUCCUUCUCUGUUGUGGGGAGAAGUCCGGACGCCCCUCCGAGCCUUCUCUCACCCCUGAUCCCAAGAACCAACUGGACAAAAUGGCUGCCAUGACUAUAGAUCCGGUGGAGCAGCCUCGCAUGUGCAAGACAAGGAGUUCCCCUGUCACCGCCUGGUUAGGGCUGCUUCUGGACUGUCCCAGGCUGGCUCUGGGUGCCAGAGAAUUUAUAUGUGAACGUUACCAAGUUGUAGUGAGGGACCAGGACUUCAUGCAGCUCAGCCCCAGUGAGCUGGCCAUCCUUAUUACAGCAGAUGCUCUGAAUGUGGACAGGGAAGAGAUUGUGUUUGAAUCCCUCAUGGACUGGAUCAAACAUGACGAGAACAACCGCCUCAAAGAUCUGCCAGAGCUACUUCACUGUGUGCGAUUCAGACUGAUACCUUUGGAUUACCUUAAGGACAAAGUAGAAAAGCACCAAUUUAUUCGCUUCAGUCAAGAGAUAAAGAAAGAUCUGGAGAUGGUUAAGGAUGCACAUAAGGGACGGCUACCAAAGCCUCAAAAACAAAAUGUUGAGGGGGAAGACGGAGGAACGGAGGAGGGAGAUGAGGAAGAGGGGUUCCUACCUGGAAUCCUAAACAAUAACCCUCGAUUUGGGAUGUUUGAGCAGGAUCUGAUCCUUAUGAUCAGCGACACAGGGACAGUGGCCUACGAGCCGGUUGGGAAUGAGUGCUUUGUGGUUUCAGACUCCACAGAAAUCCCCAAAAAUCACUGCAGCCUGGUGACCAAGCAAAACCAGAUAUUUGUUGUAGGUGGGCUGCUUUUCAAUGAAGAGGACAAAGACGAACAGUUCAGCUCAUACUUCCUACAAUUUGAUCCAGUCAGUUCAGAGUGGCUGGGGAUGCCCUCACAGCCCAACCCUCGCUGCCUGUUUGGGAUGACAGAUGUUGAAAACUCCAUCUAUGUGGUGGGAGGCAAGGAGCUGAAGGACGGAGAACAUGUGCUGGAUUCAGUCAUGAUCUAUGACAGGCAAUCUUUUAAAUGGGGCGAGUCCGAUCCGCUUCCUUACCAAGUCUAUGGACAUGGCACAGUAUCACACAACGGCCUGGUGUAUGUGAUUGGAGGAAAGUCAGAAAGCAAGAAAUGCAUGAGGAGAGUGUCCAUGUACAACCCCACAAAGUUUGAGUGGAAGGACCUGGCGCCCCUGAACACGGGGCGCGCCCUGUUUGGAGUUACGAUUCAUGACGAUCAGAUCUAUGUGGUCACCGGAGUAACGGACUCAGGCCUCACCAGCUCUGUGGAGGUUUAUGAUAUUGCCACCAACAAAUGGUCGGAGUUCACAGAGUUUCCUCAGGAGCGCAGUUCCCUUAACCUCGUCUCAAUGGGAGGGUUUUUGUAUGCCAUUGGAGGAUUUGCUAUGAUGCCCACAGAGACCAGCGAGGAGCCCGUGCCAACAGAGAUGACUGAUAUCUGGAGGUACGACGAGUCGGAGCAGAGCUGGACCGGUAUUUUAAGAGAAAUCCGCUACGCAGAAGGAGCCUCGAUUCUGUCUGCGCAGCUCAACACACUGCGUCUGAAGAAGUUGUAA